AUGAAGGGAAAGACAGCAUCGGAAGAUGUGGCUGCCCAUAUCUCGGGCCAGUCCAACGAGCCCAUCUCUCGGCCAGCACACAGCCUGACCGCAGACGAGGUAGCUGUCGAGCUCGAUACCAAUCAGACCCAGGGUCUCAGUGCCGACGAGGCGGUUCAGCGUCUCCAGAAGUAUGGCCCCAACAACCUGGGCCAAGAGAAGGGUGUCAGCGCUGUGGCUAUCUUUAUGCAGCAGAUUUUCAACUCAAUGACAUUGGUCCUGCUGCUUGCCCUCGCUGCUAGUUUCGCCAUCAAGGCCUGGAUAGAGGGGGGUGUCUUGGGCGGCAUGAUCCUCCUCAACAUCUUCAUCGGCUUCUACCAAGAUCUACAGGCUCAGCGGACAAUUGCCUCUCUGAGCUCUCUGAACUCGCCUUCUGCUCGUGUCGUUCGCGAGGGCCACAGCGAGACGGUCGAUGCCGAGACACUCGUCCCUGGCGACAUUGUAGAACUGAAGACUGGAGAUGUGGUCCCUGCCGAUGCCCGCAUCAUCGAGUGCGUCAACCUCGAAGCUGAUGAAGCAGCCCUGACUGGCGAAUCUGUCCCGGUACGCAAAGAUCCGGCGCUGGUCUUUGGUGGCGGAGGUGGUGCCGACAGUGACAGCGAGUCUGACGAUGUCGGGCCCGGCGAUCGUCUCAAUGUGGUCUUCAGCUCCACUACCAUCACCAAGGGACGUGGCAAGGCCAUUGUGCUCGCUACCGGCAUGUAUACGGAAAUCGGUGCGAUCGCCGCGGCGCUUCGCGCCCAAGGCGACACGCGCAAGCUCAACAAGGAUGAGUUCGGCAAGUCCUCGACAAAAGACUACAUCUUCUUUGCUCUUGGCAAAGUCUGGGACGUAAUCGGCGAGUUUCUUGGGCUCAAUGUCGGCACGCCUCUGCAGCGCAAGCUCUCUGCUCUAUUCUUGAUCAUCUUUGGCAUCGCUGUUUUGUGCGCCAUCAUCGUGAUGGCCGCCAACGAGUUCUCGAACCGGACAGAUGUCAUCAUUUAUGCCAUCACCACCGCUAUCGGCACUCUACCUGUCACUUUGAUCUUGGUUCUUACCAUCACCAUGGCGGCGGGUACCAAGGUCAUGGUCGACCGCCAUGUUCUCGUUCGCAACAUGAGAUCUCUGGAGGCCUUGGGCGGUGUCACCAAUAUUUGCUCUGACAAGACUGGCACACUCACCCAGGGUAAAAUGGUCGCCCGCAUGGCGUGGAUGCCAGGGCAUGGCACUUAUAGCCUCGGGAUCACCAACGAGCCUUACAAUCCUGAAAUUGCCGACCUCACAUUUGUGCCUGGCCUGCCGAAGGACAUGACCGACGGCGACGUCGGUCAGAGCAUCAAGGCGCUCGAAGAGGAAAAAGCCCACGCGCCUCUCAAAAACUUCCUCGAUGUGGCACAGCUCGCCAACCUGGCUACUGUGAAGCGCGCCGUGUCCGACGAAGAUGGCGCAUCCUGGAACGUCAACGGCGACCCCACCGAGAUUGCCAUCCAAGUCUUUGCCGCUCGCUUUGGCCGCAGUCGGGACGUGAAACCCUCAUUCGAUGACGCGGCAUGGAAUCAGCUGGUUGAGUUCCCAUUCGACUCGAGCAUCAAGAAGAUGUCAGUCCUUUGCCGGAACAAGCACAGCGGAGACGUCAUGGUUCUCACCAAAGGCGCCGUCGAGCGCGUCCUUGAGAGCUGUGAUAAGGUUGCCGCUGCUGACGAUACCUUGAUUGAGGGCAUGUCGGACAAGGUCAGGGCACAAGUCAUUGCCAACAUGGAAGCCUUUGCUCGUCGUGGCCUGCGUGUGCUGGCGUUCGCUAGUCGCGCUUCGCCGCGCGCUGUGACCGAGGACGAGGUUCGUCUUGGGUCCUUGAAGCGCGAGGAAUUUGAAGACGACAUGGUCUUCCGUGGUCUGGUCGGCAUUUAUGAUCCUCCUCGCCCGGAGACUCGACCCAGCGUCUUCAAGUGCCACCAAGCAGGCAUUGCUGUCCACAUGCUCACGGGUGAUCAUCCCGAGACAGCACGUACGAUUGCUAUCGAGGUGGGCAUCCUGCCUAGCCGUAUGGAUCUCCUCCGCGCCGACAUUGCGAAGCAGAUUGUCAUGACCGCUCAUGAAUUUGACAAGCUGUCGGACGAGGAGGUCGAUCAACUACCUCAGCUCCCCCUGGUCGUCGCCCGCUGUGCCCCAUCGACAAAGGUGCGCAUGAUCGACGCGCUACAUCGCCGUGGACGCUAUGUGGCCAUGACUGGCGACGGCGUGAACGACAGCCCCAGUCUUCACCGCGCGGACGUUGGCAUCGCCAUGGGUCUCAACGGCAGUGACGUGGCCAAGUCUGCCUCGGAUAUUGUGCUGAGCGAUGAUAACUUUGCCAGUAUACUGAACGCCGUCGAGGAGGGACGUCGAAUCUUUGACAAUAUCCAAAAAUUCAUGCUGCACGUCUUGGCGGCCAAUGUCGGCUUCGUCACCGCUCUUCUGAUUGGUCUUGCCUACAAGGACUCGACGGGCGUGUCCGUCUUCCAGAUGACCCCAAUUGAGAUUCUCUUCAUGCUGCUCGUCGCUGGAACCUUUACCGAGACUGGCCUUGGGUUCGAGGGCGCCUCGCCAGAUAUCCUGCGGCGCCCCCCUCAAAGUCUCAAGCAUGGCGUUUUUACGCCCGAAUUUCUCCUCGACCUCGUCGUCUACGGCGUUCUCAUGGCGGUCUGCACAAUCUGCACCUUUGUCACCGUCAUGUUUGGCAUCUGGGACGGCAAAUUUGGCGAGAACUGCAACGUUGAAUGGGGACCAACCUGCGAGGGCGUCUUCCGCGCCCGCUCCACCUGCUUCAUUGUCUUAACGUGGAUCUUUCUGGUAUUCGCAUGGGUCCUCUGUGAUGCGCGCCGGUCCUUCUUUGACGGCAUGAUUCACGAUACGAGGAACUGGGCGCACCGUCUCUGGCGCAACCCGUUCCUCUUCUGGUCUAUUGUGGGCGGUAUCCUCAUCAUCAUCCCGACCCUGUACAUCCCGACUCUCAACACCUACGUGUUCCUCCAUACGGGGAUCGAUUUGGAGUGGACAGUGGUGUUUGCGGCCUUCUUCUUCUUCGUCGCGUCUUGUGAGUCGUGGAAGUGGGCGAAGCGAGUGUAUCUCCGCCGCAACAACCUCAUGCUGCGCAAGGGUGAGGAGCUGGGUGAGGAGGAUCUCGAGGCGAGGGUGUUUGACAAGUUCUUUCUUGGUGAGGUUGAGGGCGGGAGCAAAAGCGAACAGUGA